AUGGGUAACAUAAUGGCUUUAUCUGUUGUUGCUAUGCAACAAGGAAUGGUCUCCAAGAAUGUAACACCAGUAUUAUUCGCCUUUGGAUUUACAUCCUUGGUUUUCCUUAUCAAAUACUUGGUACAGGAGGUAAUCAUGUUGGUCAUUCAAGGUACAAAAGAGGCCGAACCAAAAACAUUUGACGACAUUAAGAAGGUUAACUUGGAUGAGCUUCCUAAGGAAUUGGCCAAUAACAAACGUUCAAUUUAUGAGAGGCUGAGAAGAAUUAAGAAGGAAGACUUUGAAUUUAUUGUCAUGUUCGUUUUUAUUGCUGCUUCGUAUCUUAUAUCCACAAGUGGUGCUUCCAAUUACACCUUUACAUCAACUUCAAAAUCCACCGAAUCAAAUGUUAAUACAUUAAUAGUUUGGAGUGAUCUUUCAAUUGCCAAUUCAGUAAUUGGAUGCCUAUUCAUUGUUGCAUUCUUUGUGUUGAGAGUUAUCAGUCUCGUGAUGAUAUUUGUACAAUCUAAAACCCUCAUUCAGAACAUUAUUAGAAUAGUGACCUUUGUUUACCUUGCACUUUUUGGAUUGUUUGUACUUAUUAUGAUAUUCAUGUUUAAUUUUUAUGUUCAGGUCAUUGUACCUAGCAAAGUUAAUGCUUAA